UCGCUAACCUGAAGGCACCGUUUUCGAUCCCUGAGUUGGCCGAGAACGUUUAUCGGGAUAUUACGUUGCAGAAUGGUCAAAAGUAUUGCCAGUGAAAAACUUAGCAGCAGGAUGAGUAAACGAAAUUCCAAAGCUUGCUGUAACUGUUUCGUAAAGUAUUGUUUUAAUCAAGUCGACUCAUUUCAAAGCCCUAGAAAGAAACCCUACAAAUUUAUUUUCCUGUUGAUUGUGACGCUAGUUAUCAUCUAUGUAACACAAACGUCAAAAACAAUAUUAAACCAACCGCCUCUUUCUGAAUUGAGACGUUACAGUAGGUCCCCAUCAAAUCAUUUAACAACGCCAUUUCCUGUGAAUGAGUUACGCCAUGUUGCUUUUUUAAAGGUUCACAAAGCCUGUAGUUCAACUGUUUUAAAUAUAAUAUACAGGUUUGGAUUUCAGAGAGGUCUUACUUUUGUGUUGCCGAGGAAAGGCAACUAUCUUGGCGGUCGUUCAUCGAGUAGGCCUAUAGAGAAACACCGAAUUCUGCCACCAUCUUUGAACAAAACAUACGACAUGUUGUGUAACCACGUGAUAUUCAACAAGACCAUAUUUGGUCAUUAUCUGCCUAGGGACACGGUAUAUAUUGCUAUAGUAAGAGAUCCUUACGAACGCUUUAGGUCUGCCUACCAUUACUAUCGAACAGUAUAUCGAAUAGGAUAUCUCAUACAUGGUCCAACCGGAGCUGAUCAUUUUGAACAAUUUAUAGCCAACCAAGAUAUCUACGAGCCCACCAAUCCGUAUCAUUCUUACACCAACAACAGAAUGGCUGUGGAUUUUGGAUUUCCAACUAAAUACUUCAAAAAUUCUACUAAAAUGUUGAAAUACGUGCAGGACUUGGACUUAACAUUCGAUCUAGUUAUGAUAACUGAACGAUUUGACGAAUCUAUGAUACUUUUACGAAGAAUGUUAAAUUGGUCAUUCAAGGAUAUAUUGUACAUAAAGCUGAAUGCUCUCAAAAAUAAACCCAAGAAUAACAUCAAUUCUACCAUGAUGGACAAAGUUAAGAAAUUCUCAGAAUUGGAUUAUAUUCUGUAUAACUAUUUUUACGAAAAAUUUGAUAAGCGGGUUAAGCAGCAACCUUCUAAUUUUAGCGACGAAGUUUCCGUAUUUACAUCAAUACGCGAACAAGUGGCUACGUUUUGUUUAACUACGACUUCCAAUGAAACAUAUCUAUGGGUAGCAGACACAAAGUGGAGUGAAGCUUUCACAAUUUCUUACAUGGAUUGCAAACAGAUAAAACUGGGCGAAUUAAAAUUUCUGAGUAUUUUAGUGAAAGAGCAAAAAUCGAGAAUAAGUAGAGUCGGGGUCAAUAGAAAAUUCUUUGAUUCGAUUUCUGAUAUUCACUUCGGAAAACAGUUCAGAUACCUCCCACAGCAUGUCAAAAGAAAGGAACAGAAACGUGAAAAACGAGAUGCAUAACCUAUGGAAAUAGUAUGCGGGCAUAUGAGGAAGAUGGUCCAUCUUACUAUUAUUAAGCUUUUUCGAAAAUUAUCGUUUGGAAUGCAGUAAAAUUGUGAAUGCAGGGCAAGUUAAGGUUAUAAAAACAGCGUACUAUGUUAUAUUGCACCGAGUUUACUUUCUAAAAAGGGGCAUCGGCUUCAUAAAUCCAAGGUCAAAUUAUCUUGUUAUAUCUAAUAGUAAUGUGUGUGUCGCGCACAAAACAGAAGAACUACGCCUUUUCUAGAACACCUGAUAAAACAUCUGAUUUGUUCAGAAAUUUCAAGCAGCCAACAAUUUUUUGCUGUAGUGUUGUAUUUCGGACAGUGACUCUGUGGGUGACUUUCUACCAGCUAUACCCGUCUUUUUAAACUAAUCCAAAAUGUUACUUCAAAAAAAGCAAUAUGAAGUGACGGGUAUCGUGCACACGGCGCGGAUGGCAUGUUUGCUUUUCCUAUGGCACGUGAUACCACUUUGACGUUGUCCCUUGCCAGACCUGCGGUAACAUUGUGAAGUUUCACUAAAUCCCUGACCAUUUCAGUAAUUGUAAUCAAAACUCUGUUAUGUGUCUUCAUCUGUAUACAUCAGGGGCCGGUUGUUCAAAGCUCCAUUUACUUAUAACGACCUGUUAACAUGAAGUUAACGAAUCGUUAUCUUUAACGGAGAAAAAGCUUGUUGCUGAAUCCCCGUUAACUUUAACAUGUUGUUAUAUUUAACGAUGGUAUUGGAAUUAGUCGUCUGUCAGUCGAAACAUACCCAAGUAGCAAAAAUCCAUAGAUUACCUGUGUAGUUUCCUAUAGAAUUCUAUAGAACAUUCUAGAAUUAUUUGGGGGGAGUGGGAAAGGGCGGUAUCUCAUUGUCUAUCGAAUGAAAUUCUAUAGUAUUCUACAGAAUGAAUUUUCGGGGGCUGUAGGAAAUAACAUUUUACAGUUUCUGUAGUGCAGACCCUAUAAUUGUCCUAUAGAUUUAUGCUACAAUUUCUAGCAAUUUAUUCUAAUUCUAUAGAUUUUUUUUCUAGAGUUUUCUGUAGGAAAUUCUGCAGUUAUCUUUUUGUCUUUAGUUAAUUUGUGUGAACAGACUGCGCAGUUGUCCUGCUGUUUCAGUUUCUUACUAACUCCAAUGAAGUUGUUAUACAUGUACAUUUACAAUGAAUUUAAAUAUUUAAAAAUUCAGCCAAUGAACAAACAGUCGUUUCUUAGAUUAACUUUAAUCUGUCCGGUAGCUAACUGAUAAUAAAAUUGGCUUUCCAGCAACAGAAAUUUAACGGACCGUUAACAAACGUGACACAUUAGCAAGAUAACGAUCUGUUACAGUUUUAACGGAUCGUUAAAAUAACUUGAGUUUUGAGCAACCGGUCCCAGAUAAAAAUAUUCAUGCGUUAUUCUGUUUUGGAGAUGUUGACACGAGUUAAUUCAGGUAGAAUAAAGAAUUUGACUUACAUUUGUUAUCUAUUAUUUGUUUAAUCAUGGUAAUGAGUGGGAUGAAUUGUACAAACUUUAAUUGAACUUGUAGGUCACUGCAUUCAGUUAAUUCACGAACUCGGUAAUUUAACAAGGCUUGUAUUCUUCAGAACGAAAUGGCAUGUUUCUUUUUUGUGUGAUGUGUCUUUCGAGAUUUUCUCCAUGACUGAUUAUCUGCUAGAUGAAAACGUAAAACACUUUCGCUUUCAGGUGUGAAUGCACUUGAUAGUUGUUGAUGCUUAAAGUCGGGGGAGAGAGAGCAAGAGAGAGAGAGAGAGAAAGCGAGAGAGAGAGGGAGAGACAUAUCGUCACCAUUACUACGAAAAUAAUUGAAUUUUGAAUUCUGGUUAAAAGUGAUGAAUCCGGGUCUUAUCCAUGGUUACAGGGCUAAAAUAGACAGACGCACAUUUCAUUCUUUAGAAAUCAGACGCGCAUUGGGUUCUUUAGACGACCAUUUAAAGAUGUAAUGGUUUCCUGGUUAGACUUUUACAGCACUGUGGAUGGAGACAAAGACAUGUUAACUUUAAAUAUUGUAUUGUAGACUACUGUGUAACUGUUGUGACAUAAAAGCAUUUAGCAAAAACA